GUCGAGCAAUCGAGCCGCCAGGAGAAAGUAGUCGCGAGUAUUUGAGUUGUUCGACUAAGGAUCGCGGUGGGGAAGUGAUUUGCAGCCGUGUGACUAAGGCCGUGGGCCGCUUGAGGGAUGAGGGAGAAGCGGGGCAGCGACGCGGCGGUGCAGGGGACGAACGACAGCAGUGUCCUCAGCAAGGCCUCCGCAGCAGCCCAGGGCUACUUUGAGGAUGCCUUUAUUAAGGACUUUGUGUGCAAAGUGUCCAGAAGAGCCCCACUUAUUAACAAGGGUUAUUACGUGCGCUGGAGCGCUGUGGACCACUGCGUGAGGCACUUCUUGCACGUGACUGAGGGCUGCGCCAAGAGGCAGAUACUGUCUCUCGGCGCUGGGUUUGAUUCAUUGUACUUCCGCCUCCAUGCUGAGGGUCUGUCGCCGUCGCUGGUGGUGUUUGAGGUGGACUUCCCUGAUGUUGCUCGCCGGAAGGCCACCUUGAUCUGCGCCAGUGAUCACCUGAAAGGUGCACUGAAGGACUGGGAGCCCCAUUCUCCGCUGCACACUGGUCCCGUGUGUCUUUUCAGCAGUCAGUACCGCUUGCUGGGGGUAGAUGUGAGGGACGAAGGGAAAGCUGAGGAGGCUUUCGGCACAGCGGCUCUGCAGCGGAGCGCACCUACGCUGCUGCUCUCCGAAGUGGCUCUUACCUACAUGGACACAGAGAGAUCCGAUGCCUUGAUUGGCUGGGCCGCUCAGCUCCUGCCGCACGCGCUGUUUGUGAUGUACGAGCAGAUCCGGCCACAUGACCCCUUUGGCAGAGUGAUGCGGGACCACUUCCUGAAGCUGAAUUCUGCUUUGCAUGCACUCAUUCGCUACCCGGACACAAGCGCCCAGAUGCAGAGGUUUCUAGACAGGGGAUGGGAGCGCUGUGUGUGUUUGGACAUGAACCAGUUCUACCUGGGUCUGCUCUCUGAGAAGGAGAGGAGCAGAGUGGAGAAGCUGGAGCCAUUCGAUGAGUUUGAGGAAUGGCAUCAGAAAUGUUCGCACUACUUCAUCCUCACUGCAUCAAAGGGGCCUCUGACCAGCCAGGCACUGAUUGCCUUUCCCUUGGUGUCUCCGCUGCCCACCAUGUCCCCGGUGUUGAAUCCCAAGCUGCUUCGGGUGCAGCUUCUUCCUAUGGGCCUCAAGGGGCCUGCAGUGGAAGGCCUCGGGAUGGCCUCCGCUCUGAUUACCCCUGGGGUGAUCCUGCUGUGCGGAGGAGCCAUGCGGAGUGGCAGAGUGAACACCGCUAAGCUCCUCCUCAGAGAGCAGAAAGGCUGGACAAGUGUCUCCGCGGAGUCACAGACUGACUGGGGUGUCAGGAUGUACCACACAGCAACAGCUGUCCCAGGGUGGGGUGUCGUUGUGUUGGGUGGGCGUUCUUCCCCACUCAGGCCUGUGUGCAGAGUGCUCAGGGUGGCACUGAGCAUCGAGUCGCGCUCGGAGCUGCAUGCUGUAGCGGGAUCGACCCAGCCGCGGCUCUCAGUUACCGAUGUGUCCUGUGCCGGGGACGCGCCUCGACCACGAUGGCGGCACUCUGCCACACUGCUAAGCCAUGGAGGUAAAAAGCUCCUGUUUGUGUUUGGAGGCCGGACAGAGAUGGAGCCAGUGCUCUGUGAUGGCCACUUUCUGAAUGUGGACGAUCAGCGCUGGGAAACGGUGUCUAUAGAGGGCGCUGUACCUGCAGCACGCCACUCUCAUUCGGCAUGUGCCUGUGAAGGUGGUGUUGUGAUCUCUGGUGGCUUGGGCCGAGGAGGCAUCCCACUUGGAGACGCAGUCUUUUUGUUGCCUACAACCACUGGUUUCCGCUGGGAGGAGCUUGUGAUAAAGCCUCCCGUGGUGCCCAGGUAUUCUCAUCAUUCACACGUGAUUGGCCAACAGCUGCUGUUGAUCGGUGGCGUUUGGCUGCAGGCUGAUGGUGUUCCAGGAGUUGCAAUAAUUCACUUGGCCACUGGGAGCAGUGUUGAGUACAGCAUGGACAUUUCUGAAGUGCCCUGGCCACUCAUGCUGCAGUCAUUCUGUUCGGAGCUUCUGGAUGAAGAUGGGACAGUAAUUACACUGAUUGGUGGAGGGGGGAACUGCUUCUCAUUUGGAACUCAUCUCAACCCCCAGCCCGUCAGCCUAAAUCUGACUUCUGUGCUUUGACACUAACACCAACCGGUGAUGUGCACUAGUCCUUUUAAAUUCACUGCCUCUGAAACUAAAAGGACUCUUUGGAGGCUGACGGAUUAGCGUAAAGUUAUCACCUACAUUCUGCUUCCUGUCCUUGCUGUGUCUUUCUCAGUUGAGCCAGCACUUCAUAGAGUUCUGCAGCUGCACAGCUGCUGAUGAAGACGACGGUACAAUGAACAUGGACAGCAGGUUUGGAUGGACAAAAACUGGCCCUGAUGCUGCAUUUGCACAAAC